UUCAUUUUUCUUCAUACACAAACUGCACAUCUUCACGUGCUCUGUCUCUCUCACUCUCCUCUGCUCUCUUCUCCUUCCUCUGCCCUGCAAAUCUUAUCUUCAUUUCUCAUUUACUUUUGGUCGCUGUGUCGGCUGCUCCUUCGCUUUGGUAGUUGCAAAAUCUUUCUAUAUAUUUGAGGUAGUUUUGUUAGUUAGUUUCACACAACAACAAAAGAAAAUUAAACUACUAGUGUUAUAUAUGGAGCAUAGCAAAAAGAAUAUUUCUGGUUCUUCAUCUUCUUCCUCUUCUUUCACUAUGGAUCUUUUUGGUCCUAAAGAUUCUUCACAAUCUUCUUCCUCUACUGGAGUCUUUGGCUCUGUUUUUGGACCUCCUUCCAUGGGAUUAGGCAGAGAUUCCUCUAUAUCUGGACCAACAAGGAAGCAGGAUUAUGGCAAUACCAAACAGGGAAUCCAAGAUUACAAUAGUCAAAGAAAUUACAAAAGUGAAAGUGGUGGCAAGCAAAGCAAAGACAGGACUAGUAACUCAACUUAUAACCAAAAUGAGUUAUCAAACCCUUGCUACUAUAGUUCAUCUAUUUACUAUGGUGCCCAAGAAGUUUAUUCUCCAAAUUCCCCUUCCAAAACUACUACUUCUCACCAUGCAAUUAAGAAAGAUGGAGGGGCUGAUGAUUCCCAUGGAAGUAAUUCCAAUAGCGCUUCGCGUGGGAAUUGGUGGGAAGGAUCCCUGUACUACUAAAGCCUUUGGCUUUGCAAAUGUGGUGAUGUUGCAAAAAUAUACCUACUGCAUUAGUGCAUUGUAAUAUGGAAUGACAGUAGAGGAUUGCCUUAUAUAUAGAGCCAGCAGUAGCCAAGCUUCGUGUUCGUGUGCUUCUAAUUAAAGUGUCCGUGUCUUUUUUCUUUUAGUUUUUACUUCAGCUAUAGUAAACCAUUUCAAUUUAAGCAAGCCUUGUACAUGAGUUUAUGUUUUCUAAUGAGAAGUGUAGCUUUAUGUUGCUUUAUUA